AUGGCCGAUAACGAGGAAGAGCUCGCCGAGAGGCGGAUCAAGAUCGUGUUGGUCGGCGAUUCUGGUGCUGGAAAAACCAGCAUCGCGGUGAAGUUCUGCAACGACGAGUUUUCGCGACAGUACAGCCCGACUGCAGGCAUCGACUUCUUCCUCAAGAACCUCAGCCUGGGAAUCUACAAGAACGUCAAUCUUCACCUGUGGGACGUCAGCGGUCUCGCUCUUCGCGGCAACAUGCUCGACAAAUACGUUUACGAAGCCAACAUAAUACUGCUCGUCUACGACGUGACGAACAGCUCGAGUUUCGACAUCCUCGAGGAAUGGAUCGCCGAAAUCCGGGAGCUCAGCGAAGACGUCGACUCGAUGCCGAUGAUGGCGAUCGUGGGAAAUAAGUGCGAUAUGGAGCAUCAGCGGACGGUUAAGAGAGAGAGAUCGCAUCGAUUCGCCGCUGAGAACGGCUUUCACUACCACGACAUGUCUGCUCGAACGGGGGAAUCGGUCUCGCUCUGCAUAGUGAAUCUCGCGGCGAAAAGCCUGGGCGUACGUCUGACCAAGUCCGACCAGGAUUUCCACAGGCCGAUCGUCACCGCGGAAAUCGGCGACUCGGUCGACAUACCGAUCGUGAAGAAUCGAAAGAUCGUCAAGCGACGACCGAACAAGAAGCAGAUCACCAUUCAUCAUUUUCGCCCGAAUUUUCCCAUGUCCAAAUCGGCCGCCUGUUCCCUGCAGUAA